CUGCCAGGUUGUGAGGUGACGUCACUGUCCGGUCAGCGCUUUGGCUCUUUAUCGCGGGUACGGUGCACGGUCAUUUUAACGUAUACAAUUCAAUAAACCGGGAAUCCGGUUCUGUCCAGCAGCUGUCAAUCAUAGAGUUCAGAUCUACAGCUGUCGCUCAGUGUGAUCAGCAGAAUGAGUUCUGAUGGAGGGGGUAAACCUGCCAAAGUGGGCUCUUUGGUGGAGGUCAUCGGUAAAGGUCAGCGUGGGACUGUGGCGUAUAUCGGCGCCACACUUUUCGCCUCGGGGAAGUGGGUGGGUGUGAUUCUGGACGAACCCAAAGGCAAGAACGACGGAACGGUGCAGGGAAAACGCUACUUCACCUGCGAGGAGAAUCAUGGGAUAUUUGUGCGACAGUCUCAGAUUCAGCUCAUCGAUGAAGGAGGAAGUUCUGCUACGUCUCCAGAUACGCCUGACUCUGGUGUGUCCAAACUGCCCAAGAGAGAAGUCCAGGAGACGCUAAAAGCUGUUAAACAGACUGCAGCCGCAAAGAAGCCUGCUGUGCGCCGUAGUACCAAGAUGGGUCGUCCCUCUGUUGGUGGUUCGGUGAUUUCAGAAUCCGUGUUAGUGGAGAACGAGUCCACCUCAUCGUCCCAGACUGCACUGGGAGCGCCAGUCGUGCUGCAGCCCAGCAGCACCUCCAGUGCCCCUCCACCCGCAACCCCCAGUAAGGAGGAGGAGUCUCUGCGUGGUCAGGUGAAGGAUCUGGAGGAGAAGUUGGAGACUCUUAGGAUGAAGCGUUCUGAAGAUAAAGUCAAAUUGAAGGAGAUGGAGAAACACAAGAUUCAGCUGGAGCAGCUGCAGGAGUGGAAGAACAAGAUGCAAGAGCAGCAGAACGAGCUGCAGAAACAACUCAAAGAGGCCAAGAAGGAAGCGCGUGAAGCUCUGGAGGCGAAGGACCGCUACAUGGAGGAGAUGGCAGAUACGGCAGAUGCCAUCGAGAUGGCCACACUGGACAAAGAGAUGGCAGAGGAGCGGGCAGAGUCAAUGCAGCAGGAGGUGGAGAGUCUGAAAGAGAGGGUGGAGGAGCUGACCAUGGACCUGGAGAUCAUCAAACACGAGAUCGAGGAAAAUGGAUCAGACGGAGCAGCGUCCAGUUAUCAGGUUAAACAGCUGGAGGAGCAGAACGGCCGUCUGAAGGAAGCGCUAGUCAGGAUGAGGGAUUUGUCAUCGUCUGAGAAGCAGGAACACGUGAAGCUUCAGAAACAGAUGGAGAAGAAGAACUCUGAGCUGGAGACACUGCGAGCACAAAAAGAGAAACUACAAGAGGAGACGAAACAUGCUGAAGCCACCAUAGAUGAGCUGAAAGAACAGGUGGAUGCUGCUCUCGGGGCGGAGGAGAUGGUGGAGACACUGACGGAGAGAAAUCUAGACCUGGAGGAGAAAGUGCGAGAACUCCGAGAGACAGUCAGUGACCUGGAAGCGAUAAACGAGAUGAAUGACGAGCUGCAGGAGAACGCUCGCGAGACGGAGCUGGAACUGCGCGAGCAGCUCGACCUGUCUGGAGCUCGAGUCCGGGAGGCUCAGAAGAGAGUGGAGGCCGCGCAAGAGACCGUCGCAGAUUAUCAACAAACCAUCAACAAGUACAGAGAUCUCACCACACACCUGCAGGAAGUGAACCUUGAGCUGACCAAUCAGCAGAGCAGCACGGCCGAACAGCUGCAGCAGCCGGCAACUGAACUCUUCGACUUCAAGAUCAAGUUUGCAGAGACCAAAGCUUAUGCUAAAGCCAUUGAGAUGGAGCUGCGUAAGAUGGAGGUGAAUCAAGCAAAUCGCCAGGUGGCUCUGCUCACGUCAUUCAUGCCUGAAUCUUUCCUGAGACACGGAGGAGAUCAUGACUGCAUCCUGGUGCUGCUGCUCAUACCCAGACUCAUCUGCAAGGCGGAGUUGAUCAGUAGACAGGCGCAGGAGAAGUUCGAUCUGAACGGCGGUUCGGUGGAGCGCGCUGGACUGCGAGGCCCCGCCGGAGAGCAGCUGAGCUUUGCGUCUGGUUUGGUUUAUUCUCUGACUCUGCUGGAGGCCACACUGCACAAAUAUGAACUAGCUCUGAGUCAGUGCAGUGUCGAGGUGUAUAAGCGGAUGGGGACCCUGUAUUCAGAGAUGAGUGUUCAUGAACGUACUCUGGACUUCUUCAUUGAUCUGCUUCAUAAAGAUCAGCUGGAUGAGACGGUUCAAGUGGAGCCGCUCACUAAAGCCAUUAAAUAUUACCAGCAACUGUACAGCGUUCAUCUGUCUGAACAACCUGAAGACUGUUCCAUACAACUGUCUGACCACAUCAAGUUUACUCAGGGUGCUCUGGACUGCAUGGGGUCAGAGGUCGGCCGUCUGCGAGCCUUCUUGCAGGCAGGGCAGGAAGGGGCGGAGCUUUCUGUGCUGCUGAAGGACCUGGACACUUCUUGCGGUGACGUACGUCAAUUCUGCAAGAAAAUUCGCAGGAGGAUGCCUGGAACGGACGCUCCUGGAAUCCCCGCCGCAGUCGCCUUCCCACCCGAGGUGAGUGAGACGCUGUUGGACUGCAGGAAGCAGUUGACUCGUGUGGUGGCAGUGCUGCAGGAAGUGGCGGCCGCAGGUGCUCAGCUGAUCGCACCGCUGGCAGAGCAAGAGGGACUGGCAGCUCUGAAAGUAGAAGACAUCAUGUUUAAAACAGUGGAGCAGGUUUACGGGUCUCGUGGAAUGAAUCCAUACGAUUGUUUGCGUCAGUCGUGCAGCGCUGUCAUAGCAACCAUGAACAAGAUGGCCACCGCCAUGCAGGAAGGAGAGUAUGACUCGGAGAAACCCCAACGCUCGCAUCCACCAGUGGAGAUCCGUUCAUCAGCUGUGAGGGCAGAGAUGACAGAUGCAGAGGGUUUGGGAAAUAAACUAGAAGAUCGAGAAACUGUCAUCAAAGAACUGAAGAAAUCCCUGAAAAUCAAGGGCGAGGAGCUGAGUGAAGCAAACGUUCGACUGAGUUUGUUGGAGAAAAAGCUGGACACGUCCACAAAAGACGCAGAUGAGCGGGUGGAGAAGAUCCAGACCAAACUUGACGACACCGUUUCUCUGCUCAAGAAGAAGGAGAAGGAGUUCGAGGAGACGAUGGACGCGCUGCAGGCAGAUAUUGAUCAGUUGGAAUCAGAGAAGGCGGAGUUAAAACAGAGGGUCAACAACCAAUCACGAGCCGCAGAGGGUUUCCGUGGACCACAAGCAUCUGGCAUUGCCUCCAUUGUCACGGGAACUGCAGCUGGUGGACUGUCGGCAGGUACGGCUGGAGUUUCAGGUGUAGUUCAGGUCGUGGACUCUCCUCUCCUCAAACAACAGAUCGACGUGCAGCGACUCGCCAUCAAAAAUAUGAAGAGUGAAAACUACAGACUAAAGGCUGAGCAGAUGCGGGCACAGCUGGCGUCUCUGCCUCUGCUGAAGGUGCCCAACAUGACGGGUGUGAUGAAAGAGGGUCCCGUACCAGACGGAGUUUCAGGAUCACUGUACCGUAAAACAGACCUGCUGUUGAGCAACCUGCUGAAGAUGAGUGCGGGGGUUAAAGUCGUCGACAUCACCGGAAAAACACCAGCGAGUGCGAGCGCUCAGUUACUGGAACAGACGGCCAGACUGAAAUCUCUCAGUGACGCUCUGGAGAAACUGAAGGGUGAAGUAUCGCAACACAUCGUGUCUCAGCAGCCCGGUGCCCGCGUGCCAUCUGAUUUCGCCACAUUCCCCUCUGCACCUUUUGUCAAGGCGAAAGACGAGCAGAAGAGCGGCUCUGUGUUGGUGGGUAAAGUGAUGAUCCCAUGUGCUCGCGGUAAAGAACAGACGCACUGCCUCGUCCUAUCACAGCAGCAGCUGCAGAACGUGCACCGCCUCCUCAUGACUUAAACGCUUUUAGUGCCCACACGCUCCACCAAUCAGACCUUCCCCCUCACUCAGGAAACCAAUCAGGCAUCAACUGCCAAACACACGUCAGAUAGUCGCGUGAGAACCGCUAAACGAAUUCAAUCACAUCAUAGGAAGUCAAAGGUCAGUCCCUAAUUUCACAGGUGAUCUCUGACAUGAAGCUUGCAAUACAAGAUUGGUUUAUUUACAUGCUUUUGUUUUUGUUUUGACGUAAUCAUCUGGAUGUUGGUUUCACUUUAUGAUUUUGUUUAAAGAGGAUAAAUGUACGACAAAUACUCUAAUAAUUCAGUAUUUUGUCUCGUUUUCCAGUAAAACAUCUUAAAUGUUAUAUUUGCGUAAGAUAAUUCACAAUAGAAGAUUUCUUGAAAUACUUUUCUUUUCAUUUUGAAACUGAUAUGAAGAUAUUUUACUGGAAACACGUUUGAAGUGUCGGCCGCUGUAGAUCUGCACCGAUAACAGAUGCAUUAACAGAUAAAACUUCUGGAAACAUUGUUAUAAUAAUUCUCACGGGGUAAAGCACAAAUAUCUGAUGUCCUGUCGUUUCAUGGGCUGUUCCAGUCACGCAGUGUUUUACUAGUUUAUGCAUUUGACACGUUUCUUCAACUGCAAUAAAGGUGGAAACAAAGUUACAGUGUGUCUGAAGUCACUCAUGUGCCAAACUUGACCAUGAAUCUCUCUAGAUUUAAAAGUCAUUGAAGCCGAACUGUAACGAUGAUCGGCACAAGCUCACGCCGGUGGUCCAUCUGGGGUUUUUGAGGGUCCCUCUUCAGCGGAAUAUCAAGCAAACACACACGAGAGGUCGCGGUUAUUUUUACUGAAUUUUUAUAUCCGGAAUUUAUUAUUAAAUGAAAUUAAUUUAGAUCAUUAUAUUUUAUUUGAAUAGUUUUCAGUUAUGUGUAACAUAAAACUACAUUGUUUUUAUCAAAUCCUCUCAACAAAAUGUGAUGCACUUUACUAAAUAUCUACAUUGUUAUUAAAGUAAAUAUUACGUUUCUAUAAUAGUAACAUAUUUUGGCCUUGACUACCAGG